AUGGCCUCCAUUCAGUCCAUCCCCACAAAGCCCUUCGACGGUCAGCGUCCAGGCACAAGCGGUCUUCGCAAGCGUGUCAAGGUCUUCCAGCAGGAGCACUACACCCAAAACUUCAUCCAGGCCACCCUCGAUGCCAUCCCCACCGGAGCCAAGGGCGCCACUCUUGUCAUCGGAGGCGACGGUCGCUACUUCUCGCCCGAAGCCGUCCAGAUGAUUAUCCGUAUCGCCGCUGGUGUAUUCUGCCAUAUGCACCAUCGCACCAUCGAGUACUUCCUAUCACCUCCUCUCUAUGUCUCUAUGGUUGCCAAGCUUAUCAUCGGACAGUACACCAUCCUCUCAACUCCUGCUGCCUCCCACCUCAUCCGCAUCCGCAAGGCUACCGGACCCGACAAUGACUUUGGUAUCAAGUACAACAUGAGCAACGGAGGCCCCGCUCCUGAGAGCGUCACCGAAAAGAUCUACGAGAUCACCCAGAAGUUGACAUCCUAUAAGGAGGUUCAGUUGCCAUCUGUUGAUCUCUCCGCCAUUGGUACUCAGAAGGCCGGCAACCUCGAGGUUGAGAUUGUCGACUCGGUUGCCGACUAUGUCGUCCUCCUCAAGGACAUCUUUGACUUUGACCUCAUCAAGAGCUUCUUGCACAAGACCCCUAGCUUCACCGUCCUCUUUGACGGCAUGCACGGUGUCACCGGCCCCUAUGGUCAGCGUAUCUUUGUCGAGGAGCUCGGUCUCCCCCAAAAGUCCGUCAUGAACUGCAAGCCCAGUCCCGACUUUGGUGGUGGACAUCCUGACCCCAACUUGACCUAUGCCCACGACUUGGUCGAGCGCGUCGAGAAGGAGAACAUCAGCUUUGGUGCUGCCUCCGAUGGCGACGGUGAUCGCAACAUGAUCAUUGGCAAGGGAGCCUUUGUCACCCCCUCGGACUCUGUCGCUAUUAUUGCCGCCCAGGCUGAUUCUAUCCCUUACUUCAGACGCACCGGAGUCAAGGGGUUGGCCAGAAGUAUGCCUACCAGCACUGCCUUGGACCUGGUUGCCAAGAAGAAGGGCUAUGAGCACUUCGAGGUCCCUACCGGCUGGAAGUUCUUUGGCAACUUGAUGGACGCUGGCCGUCUCUCGAUCUGCGGUGAAGAGUCUUUCGGAACUGGAUCGGACCACAUUCGCGAGAAGGAUGGUGUCUGGGCCGUUGUCGCAUGGCUCAACAUUAUUGCUGCUGCCAACCAGACCAAGCCCUCGAGCAUCAACGAUAUACUUCUGGCCCAUUACAACGAAUACGGACGAAACUUUUUCUCCAGAUACGAUUACGAAGAGGUUGAGUCUGAGGGUGCCAACAAGAUGGUGGAUCGCCUCCGUGCCUUGGUUUCGACUGACCGCGCUCAAUUGAUCGGCAAGGAUCUCGGCAACGGUUUUGUUGUGAAGGAUGGCGACGACUUUGAGUACACCGACCCCAUUGACGGUAGUGGUAUUCGCAUUAUCUUUGAGGAUGGCUCUCGCUUGAUCAUUCGCUUGUCUGGAACUGGCUCGCAGGGCGCCACUGUCCGUCUCUACGUUGAGAAGUACGAGUCGAACCCUGCCAAGUACGAGGACAAGACACAGGAGGCCCUCCGUCCCUUGAUCGAGGUUGCCCUCAAGCUCAGCCAACUGACCGAGUUCACCGGUCGCAAGGAGCCCACCGUCAUCACCUAA